AUGCAGCUCAGCUAUGACUUUGCACGCGAGCGGCAAAUUCUCGAGGAGAGCCGGGCUCCGCCGAGCCCUCCACCGUUACUCGCCGACCCCACACCAGAGCCCAGCUCAAGAGCGGCAUCGCCACAGGCGGAUGAUGACGCUCCUAAUCACGAGACAUCGGCUGGAACAAAGUUGCCGCCGCCUUCGGAUGCAGAUCAGGUCGCAAAAAACGAGGCCUCAUCAUCGCCUUCACCUCUUGACCCGGGCCAGCAGCAAGACCAUGCUGCGUCCACCACGAGCAAACCACCUCGGCCACCCCCUCCCUCGAGCCGCUAUCUUCCCCCACAAUCGGCGGCCUCGGAUGGAACACCAAGCCCCAUGCCCGGCGUGGCCAUGGCCAUGCUGGACGAAGCCUUGAUGACUGAAGCUGCGCGAAAAUCGACGCCCGCACGCCGCACGCCCUCGCAGCCUGUCAAGGCGACCACCUCUGCGUCUCCCGCCGUCGAUACCACCGCACCUGCCACCGACGACACUUUGCCGGUAGAGCCUGCUUCGACUUUGCCUGCUUCCGCGGGGGCUGCAGGCGAUUCGGCCGAGGACAGUGAUGAAGAUGCGGCCGACGAGGUGGUGGUGCCUCACUCACCCAAUGACCUGCUUUCCUUCGACCCGCUGGCGGUACGCUUUCGGCGCCAUUCUUCCAAGCGGGCUAGUCAACCCAACGGCUCGUCAGCUGACACCGUUGCAACAACAGCCCCGGCCGUAGCAGCCCCGCGGUCGCCCGCGCGCUUCGGCCGCGACGAGCACAUCAACCUCCUCUUUCCUGCCCCGCCGUCGGCCACCUCAGAUGACGGUGUCAACAUCUCGCAUUUUGAUCACCUUUCCAAUACAACCCCCUUUGAUGAUGCCACCCUGGCCUCCUUGGAUCACCACACCAUGCUUCAGAUGCUCUAUGGUGGUGUGGGCGAAUCGAGUGAGCAGGAUCCAACCCCGGCAGCAGCCGAGCACGCAAGUGCUGCGCCAAAGGCCGCAGAUGCGACCCCUCCGGCGUCAAGCCCUAUGGCCGUACCCACGUCGGCUUCAACUACAAAGCCAAUUACGCGCCCACGCGCCACAUCCGAGGAUGAGGUUGCUGCAUUAGCGUCAGAGCUGAGCUCAUGGCUUGGUUCGGAUGGCUUGGCACAUGCCUCCCCUUCAACUAGCAACCCCGGCGAAGUCUUUGCCUCGUCCCAAUCGGGUAGCCAGCCAACACGGGCCGCGGUACCCAAAGACUCGCCCGCACCCGCUGCCAAGGGCGGGGAGACUGUCCAGGACCGCCUGGUCCAAAUGGGGUUUGCUCAGCCCCUGGUGCAAUCUGUCGUACGCCGCCAUGGCCGAGAUGAUCCCGACAAGCUGCUCUCCCACUUGAUGGAGCUGCAAGACUUGCUGGACCGGGCCAAGGAAUGCAGUCCUGAUGAUGUGAUUCUGGUGACCGAGGCUACCGAGGAACCCGAACUGCGAAGCAAGGUUUUGGCGCAAUUGCCAAUGCUACGAGACAUGGGCUUUGACGGAGGAGCCAGCGUUGCUGCCCUCAUCUCAUCGCGUGCAGCCAGCAUGGGUGGGCGCAACUCCAAGGAAAAGCCGUUGGCUUUUGGCAGCUUCAAAGUCAAUGCCCUCGAGCUCAACGAAGAGGGCGUGCUCAAGCAGGAAUCCAAAGAGCUCAGCUUGGCGCGGUGCGUGUUUGCCCUCGGCUCGCCGCCCCUCUGCCCCGCCCCUGGCCGUCCAUAAGCCUUCUUCUGGCCGCCCGCACGGCUAGCAAGCUGGCAUUUGAUUCCUCUGCAUCCAGUGUCGUCGUCGGUCGCGCGACAAGUCUCAUUGAUUGUUCAAACUCAGGUCUGAAGACUUGGUCUUUCGCUUCUCGUCCUUCGAGCGCGGCGUCUUUCACAUUCGCGCCAAGUUCCUAGGUGCAGUGCUCGAGGUUUGUUUGCAUGCCAUGCAUGCGACAACUGGUUAAAUACUGUUGUGCUGUUUAAAAAAGCGCGUGUGCUUGGCCGCCAAGCCUACGCAAGCCCUCACCCGAGGACCUCCCCACAAC